UUUUAAAUUGUGCUUCAGUCGGCCAUUGAAAGUUUCCAGAAAAUGUCGCGUGCAGUGUUGAUAACUUUCUGCGUCUUGGUUGUUUUGACCGCACAAUCGCUCGGCCAAAAUGUGACCUUGCAACAGUCAAUUGACUGGGCCAAUGAGGAGUUCAAAAUCGCUCAAGUUGUUGCCCAAGGAAAGCUACCCAACAACGCUGAGGCCCAGAACGAUGCCAAGGAGCAACUGGACACUUUGAAACUGGCUUUGUCCCAUUGCGAAGCUGAGCUCAAGUCCACCCUAAGUGUCGAUCUUCACAAGACUUGUGUUAAAGCCGUGUUUGCUGGCUUUUAUACUGCUUUGGAUCGCUUGGCCGCGGAGCAUUGGCCCAUCUAUGGAGCCACCUCGGGAGCUUCUCGAAUUGGCCUCUUCUGCUAAUCAAAAGCAUACAAAUAAAUCAGCUUAAAAAAUCUAACCC